UUGCCCUCGACAAUCAUGGCGGCUUCGGCCUCGACCUGAGGCGGAGAGAGCCCUGACAAGAGAGGAGUCACGUGAACGGGGCAAGAUGGCUGCUUUUCCCUGGCAUGCAAGAUCAAGACAUUACACACGUGAAUUGGAAUCAUGCCGACUGGAACCUGUGUCUGUGGAGUUUGGAGACUACCAUCCACUCAAACCCAUUAUAGUCACCGAAUCGAAGACAAAGAAAUUAGGACGAAAAGGAAGCACUUCUUCCACAUCCUCUUCCAGUUCAACAUUGGAUCCUCUGAGUAGUGUGUUGGAUGGCAUGGAUCCUUUGUCGUUAUUUGCAGCAACAGCAGAUCCAAUGCUGACUGCGACUGGGGAGAGCACCAGAAAGAAACGCGACAAAGAAGAGAAUUUAACUGUGGGAAGUGACUUUGAGCCUUGGUCAAGCAAGCGAGGUGAUAUCCUUGCGCGAUACACAACAAAUGAAAAACUCUCUAUUAAUUUGUAUAUGGGAUCUGAAAAAGGAAAAGCAACAACUCCUGGGUCAGCAGUUUCCGAGAAGGUGCGGACAAGGCUGGAAGAACUGGAUGAUCUUGAAGAGGGGUCACAAAAAGAGCUGCUAAACCUGACUCAGCAAGAUUAUACAAAUCGGAUUGAAGAACUCAAUCAGUCUUUGAAGGAUGCUUGGGCCUCAGAUCAAAAAGUAAAAGCCUUAAAGAUAGUUAUUCAGUGUUCUAAAAUCCUUUCAGAUACAGCUGUGAUUCAGUUCUAUCCAAGUAAAUUUGUCUUAAUAACAGACAUCCUUGACACAUUUGGAAAGCUGGUAUAUGAAAGAAUCUUUUCCAUGUGUACUGAUAAUCGCAACUGUUUAGCAGGUAAUUUUACACCUGACAAUGUUAAUGAUACAGCCAAAGAAACAUGCUUGAACUGGUUCUUCAAGAUCGCUUCCAUCCGAGAACUUAUUCCCAGAUUUUAUGUGGAAGCAGCAAUAUUGAAAUGCAACAAAUUUCUUUCUAAAACAGGGAUUUCGGAGUGCCUCCCGCGACUGACCUCCAUGAUCCGUGGAAUUGGAGAUCCGUUGGUUGCGGUCUAUGCUAGAGCAUAUCUCUGCAGGGUUGGAAUUGAAGUAGCUCCUCAUCUGAAAGAGAGCCUGAACAAGAACUUUUUUGACUUCCUUCUAACCUUUAAACAAAUUCAUGGGGAUACAGUUCAGAACCAGCUGGUGGUGCAGUGUGUGGAGAUCCCAUUGUACUUAACUCUUUAUUCUCCUGCAAUAGAUUGGAUUUUACAAUGCAUUUCUUACCAAGCUGCAGAGGUUCUGCUGACUGAAAUGAUGGAAAGAUGCAAGAAACUUGGCAACAAUGCCUUGCUUUUAAAUUCAGUAAUGUCUGCCUUCAGAGCUGAGUUUAUUGCUGCAAGGUCUAUGGAUUUUAUUGGCAUGAUUAAGGAGUGCGAUGAGUCUGGCUUUCCCAAGCAUCUCCUCUUUCGCUCUCUGGGACGGAACUUGGCCUUAGCUGACCCUCCAGAAGGUGAUCGGCUUCAGAUCUUAAAUGAAGCUUGGAAGGUUAUUACAAAGUUAAAGAUCCCACAGGAUUAUAUCAAUUGUGCAGAAGUCUGGGUGGAAUAUACCUGUAAACAUUUCACGAAGCGUGAGGUCAAUACGGUUUUAGCAGAUGUCAUCAAACACAUGACUCCAGAUCGGGCAUUUGAAGAAGCCUAUCCCCAGCUUCAGUCAAUAAUUCAGACAGUCAUAACAUAUUUCCACGACUUUGCUGUUCUCUUUUCACUGGAAAAAUUCCUACCAUUCUUGGACAUGUUCCAGAAGGAGAGUGUGAGAGUGGAGGUUUGCAAGUGCAUCAUGGAAGCUUUUAUUAAGCACCAACAGGAACCAACGAAGGACCCUGUCAUACUCAAUGCCCUUCUACACGUGUGCAAAACGAUGCAUGAUUCUGUGAAUGCGCUGACGCUAGAAGAUGAAAAGCGAACAUUAGCCUCUUUGAUAAAUGGAUUUUUAAGAAUGGUUUCGUUUGGCCGUGACUUUGAGCAGCAGCUGAGUUUUUACGUGGAAUCCAGAUCGAUGUUUUGCAAUCUGGAACCUGUUCUUGUCCAGCUGAUUCAUAGUGUGAACCAGCUGGCAAUGGAAACAAGAAAAGUGAUGAAAGGCAACCAUUCCAGAAAGACGGCGGCAUUUGUCAGGGCUUGUGUUGCCUUCUGCUUCAUUACAAUUCCAUCUCUGACAAGCAUCUUUUCUCGCCUUAAUCUGUACUUGCAUUCUGGACAGGUUGCUUUGGCAAAUCAGUGCCUUUCACAAGCUGAUGCCUUUUUCAAAGCUGCAAUAAGCCUGGUUCCUGAGGUACCAAAGAUGAUCAACAUAGAUGGGAAGAUGCGGCCCUCGGAAGCAUUCCUCCUAGAGUUCCUCUGCAAUUUCUUUUCCACUUUGUUAAUCAUUCCUGACCAUCCUGAGCAAGGCGUUCUGUUUCUUCUGCGAGGGCUGCUCAAUGUCAUCCAAGACUAUACUUGGGAAGAUAACUGUGAUGAUAAAGUCCGGAUUUAUACCAAUGUUGUGCAUCUCCUUUCAGCAAUGAGUCAGGAGACCUACAUCUACCAUAUAGACAAAGUUGAAUCCAAUGAUACUUUGUAUGGUGGAGAUACCAAAUUCCUGACAGAGACAAACAAGCUAUGUGAAACAGUGAUAGCCCAGAUUCUGGAGCAUCUGAAAAGCCUUGGAAAAGAUGAGACUUUAAAGCGCCAGAGCCAGCUGGCCCUCUACUUCUUCAACAGCAUCUUGGCCCAUGGAGAUCUGCGCAACAACAAACUCAACCAGCUUGCUGUCAACCUGUGGAACCUGGCUCAGAAGUAUGGCUUUGCUGACACAAAAACCAUGGUCAGAACCUUGGAAUACAUCAAGAGGCAAAGUGCACAUGCUGAGAUGAGCCAUUUUACAGAGCUGGCGCUACGCCUUCCUCUGCAGUCGAGGACCUGAUGGAUGUUAGUCUGCUGGAGUCAGAUCUACUAGAAGGCAGUUCUCCAAGGCCUAUAAAAUACAAGCUGCAUCUUAGGCUAUUAUUGCUGUUCAAUAUUUUCAUUUUGAAAUAUCUUUUUCAUUUUGAAGUGUCACAGAUUUAUUUGGUCAGAGGCAGAGAAUUUUCCUGCCAGUGAAAUGAUUUGUGAAAUGAGGCUUUGUUUGCCACCACACAGACAUUAACUGUCAAAAGGUGACUUACAUGCGAACAUUGGAUCAGUCAAAUGGUAUCAUGCCAUUUCAGAAUGGAAAUAACUUUUAUAUCCCACAGAACUGUAUGGAAAAAUAGAUACAAUAAGUCACAUUGGCAUGUUGAUCGAUGAUCUUCCCAUAGAACUGCCUUUGAGAAAUGAGUCCAUUUAUGGACAGCUGUUAAAAAACAAUUCUGGAUUCAAUGCAAAUGCCCUUUUUCAAACACAUUGAUAUUUGUUGGUUGAUUAGAAAGACAAUAAAUAGGCAGCAACAUCAA